AUGGUUAGGGCCGAUGCAUCCGUGAGCAUCAAGGUGCUCCUGAACGCCACGGCAGCGCACUUUGGUUUUAGGCCGACUUACCGGAGGGUUUGGAUGGCGAAGCAGAAAUCUAUCGCCCUCAUAUACGGUGACUGGGAUGAGUCCUACAACGACCUGCCUAGGUGGGUCUUGGGUGUCCAGCUGACGAUGCCUGGGAGUGUUGUGGUCCUGAAGACGAGCCCGGUUCGAGUUGGAGGACAGGUGGACGAAUCUCAAGCGUACUUCCACAGACUUUUCUGGACUUUCCCGCCCUGCAUCGAGGCUUUCCGUCAUUGCAAGCCGCUAAUCAGCAUUGACGGCACACAUUUGUAUGGGAAGUAUGGGGGAACGUUGCUCAUCGCGAUUGCACAGGAUGGGAACUCCAACAUUCUACCUGUGGCAUUCGCACUAGUAGAGGGUGAGAAUGCGGAAUCCUGGACAUUCUUUCUCUCACACCUUCGACAGCACGUGACCCCGCAGCCCGGUCUGCUGGUUAUAUCGGACAGGCACAACGGCAUCAAGGCUGCGCUUGAGGCCCCUGACGGCGGUUGGCUACCGCCAUCUGCGUACCGUGCAUUCUGCAUACGACACGUAGCGGCUAAUUUUGCCCUAACCUUCAAGGGCAAAGACGCUAGGAGGCUACUAGUGAACGCGGCGUAUGCGAAGACCGAGGUUGAAUUUGAUUACUGGUUUGAUAUCCUGCGAUCUGAAGAUCCGGCGAUGUGUGAUUGGGCGAACAGGAUUGAUUACUCGUUGUGGACUCAGCAUCGUGAUGAGGGGCGGAGAUUCGGUCACAUGACGACGAACAUCUCCGAGUGUGUGAACUCUAUCCUGAAGGGGGUCAGAAAUCUCCCUGUAGCAUCCCUGGUGAAGGCAACAUAUUGUAGGCUUGCGGAACUGUUUGUUCGCAAGGGGAGAGAGGCUGAGGCCCAGAUGGGAACAGGACAACAAUUCAGUCAGCAUUUGGUGAAGUGUAUUGAAGCCAACAUGAAGACGGCCAGGUGCUUCACGGUGACGCUGUAUGACCGGGAUAACUCCGAGUUCACUGUAGCAGAGACUACUCCGACUGGUUCUUUCUCCUUGGGUACUUACAGAGUAUCACUUGCCUCUCGGACAUGUGACUGCGGGUACUUCCAGGCUCUUCAUUUCCUGUGUCAGCACGCACUUGCGUGCUGUGCAUACUCACGGGUCACCUGGACCUCUUACGUUCACAGCGUCUAUCAGAUUAGCUCGGUCUUCAAUGUGUAUCGGAUGGGAUUCACACCUCCCAUCCCGGAGGGCUUCUGGCCACCUUACGACGGGCCCACAGUGAUUCCAGACCCUGCCAUGAGGCGUGCCAGAGAGGGUCGUCCUAGAUCCACUAGGAUACGGACGAACAUGGACGAGGCGGAUCCGAAUCGGCCAAAGAGGUGCGGCCUAUGUCGCCAACCUGGACACACGCGACGUAGUUGCCCACAGGUUGCAGGCUCGUCUCAGACAGGACACCAUUAG